AGAGAGGAGGGACAAUACCAGCCCACCAUGAUUCAAAGUAAAGUAUGAAUGUCAGUGUUAUUGGACUGAGGAGAAGUCCCGUUGUCUUCGUUGAACAUGAGUUUUUUUCCUGCUCCAGGUCUGAAUCAACACUGGGUCAUCAGAGAUGCUGAGCCAAAAAAAUGAAGAAGGACUUCCAAGCUCCUGAUUGAAAACGAAAUUAUCACUUUGUUUAAUUUCCUAUCCUUUUUUGGUCGAUCCCAAAGGUUUAAUUUAGGAAUAUUUCUGCUGCAUAAACAUAUUUCAGUUCAUCUCAAUGGCGUUUUUAAUGAAAAAGAAGAAGUUCAAGUUUCAAAUCCAUUUUAUGUUGGAGGAGCUCACAGCUGUGCCUUUUGUCAAUGGGGUACUUUUUUGCAAGAUCCGAUUGUUGGAAGGUGGGGACUUUGCCAUCUCAUCAUCCAGGGAAGAGGUUCAGCAGAACUGUGUUCGUUGGAAGAAGAAGUUCUCCUUCGUCUGUAAAAUGAGUGCCAAUCCCACCACUGGAGUCCUGGACCAAUGCAUCUGCAGGGUCUCUGUACGCAAGGAGCUCAAAGGAGGAAAGACGUUUUCAAAGCUGGGCUUUGCUGACCUCAACAUGGCGGAGUUUGCUGGCUCAGGCUCCACCGUGCGCUGCUGUAUCCUCGAGGGCUACGACACCAAGAAUUCUCGCCAGGAUAACUCCAUUCUCAAGGUUAUUAUUGGAAUCACACUUCUGUCGGGGGAUCCCUGCUUUAAAACGCCCCCCAGCACGGCCAAGUUCAUCUCCAUCCCGGGCCAGGACCCCUCCCUGCAGCUGAACUGUAAGGGCGAGGGCUCCGAUGACAACUAUAACCCUCCCCCAGGGGGUAUCACCAGGACAUCAUCAGGACGGCCCCUCAAACCCAGACUCCCCUCAGCUCCCCUCAACUCUGGUCUACCUGGGGAGCACUUGGAGCAGAGCCUGUCCAGCCCAGAUGAAGUGUUUCACACAGGACACUCCCGGAACUCCAGCUACGCCAGCCAGCAGAGCAAGAUAUCAGGCUACAGCACGGAACACUCUCGCUCCUCCAGCCUGACAGACCUCACCCACCGCCGCAACGCCUCAACCAGCAGCAGCACCUCCGGGGGCCUGGGCACCCCUACCCAGACCCCCCACGCCUUUGCCCACCCCCACCCUCUCACAGCAGACCCCCAGACACCAGGAGAGCCAGGCACCAAGCCUGAGAGACCCACGCGGCCCCCACGCCCCGUCCUGCUCUCCAACAGAUCCUCCAGGAGGAAGAAAGACUCCGUGGAAAGCCACCCCACCUGGGUGGACGACACGCGCGUCGACGCCGACGACAUCGUGGACAAGAUCAUCCAGAGCCAGAACUUUGCUGAUGUCAGCAACCAUAAAGAAGACAGCAACCUCAGACUGUUUGUCAGCAAAGAUGGGACUACAGCCUUAAGUGGGAUACAACUGGGAAGCAGGUUGACUGCUGGUGUCUUUGAGCCAGUGGUGAUCGAGAGCCACUAGCAAUGAGGAUGGAUGGAUGUCAAAUCUCUCUUUCUCUCUACCUCCCUCCCUCCACCUCACUCCCUCUCUCAGCUGCUGGGAAAAGGAGGACACGAGGGACACUGAAGACACCUCCACUAUUUUGAACUGUUAACGUUUUGUGUGUGUGUCUGUGUGCACAAAUGCACAUACGGCUGGCUGCCUUUUGAUAUACACCACUUCAACGAACACCACUAUAUAAUAGAUGUAACCCAGAUGUAACCUUUUAAUCAGAUAUUUAAGGUGAGGUGUAACGUAUGAAUAAUACAUUAAUGUAGAAAAGCUUUUAUAUCGAUGCUUUCAUUUGGGGGACCGUAGGUGUAAAGUGUGCAAACUACUUGAUAAACAGAGAAAUGGGAAACCAUUGCAUCGUGGAAGUUGUAGUGCAACACAAAAAAAUCAGGAAAAGGCAUUGGAGUCAAAUGUGGCUGCCUCAAGUUGGAACAUUAUGGUUUACCCUAUGUGUAUAAUUUUGUGUAUCAAUUCAAAUGAGGGGAUCAUGCUAAAAUCAAGAAAGACUUGGAGAAAUUGAACAGACCAUUUGAACUAGGCUUGAAUGGGUGGUUUUCAAUGUGAAAUGUUAUAUUUUCGAUUAACCCCUUGCAAUCGUCAAAUUCCAGAACAACAGUACUAGACCUGGGGUCAAAGUUACUGUAUAGCCCAAAUAACCCAUGUUAUAGAAUAUAUGCAUAUAAAUAUGUAAUAUGACAAUACAGUUUAUAUACAGACCUGAGAAAGAUAAAUGUGUGCACAUAUGGCUGGCCAUAUGCAACUAUACAUACUGCCAUGGUCUAUGUAUGAUUCAUCGAUUACUCUGGGUAAAUGCAGGCAGGGUUGGUCAUUGAUUACUCUAGUCUAGGCCCUUGGUCCUCUCCUACCUUGGGUCUUUUACAUAGUCUUCUUUACGUCCUUAAAGUAAAACACUAUUCUGAAGUUCACCAGCUGGCUUGGUGACUGUACUGUGAAAGUUGGAAAAUCAGACUAAACUUUUCUUGGUGGGUAGGGACAUUUCUCUUUGUUGUCAGUCCCGUGUCUGUCUCAGGAUAUAUGGAUGGUUGGUUUCCCUGUAUUGUUUUGUCCCUGGGCUGUCACUCAUCUGUCCUGUAUUUCAGACCUAAUUGUUUUGUGUCACCACGCCCAUGACAUCACUCCCUGUUGUCAAGGACAGGAGCUGUCAGUUACCAGGUUCUGGGAUAAUUAUAAAACUCUUCCUGAGCUGCAAAAAAGCACUUUUGGAUUGGUGUUCUCAACAAACCAAUUUUUACAGUGUGACACAAAAGGAAACUCGACCGCAUGUUAUUUCAAACUUGCUUUCUCGCUGCAAGGGAAGAGCAUUGUUUUUUAAACCUGGUUACUGAUUUUUAUUGAAUUGGGGCCCAUAAUAAGUGGUUAAGUUACUGAAGUGGGUUACUAAAGUUAGCUGGCUAACUUCUUAAUCCUUCUUUGUGAAAUACCUUCUAUGUGGGCUUGGCUAUAUGAACUGUCCAACUGUUGCCCUUCCACUUAAGACUCAAUAUCACCCGAGAUGUUGACUCGUUAUCAAGCAAAAUCAAUUUACAAGUGAAUAAGGGCUCUAAUGAUACAACUGACAGUGGUAUCUGGUCAUCUUCUCCACAAUGACCAAGUUAUUCAAUUUCCUGGGGGGAAAUGUAAUUUCAUUUCUGUCGCCCCCGGUUUUGAACGCGUUAGAAGAGCAUUGCAUUGUGGGUAUGAUGUAGUCAGAGUCAAUCAGAGCCAUGUCUCAUGCAGCUGCCCCAUGUGUCACAAUGCACCUGGCUAACAAUGGAGGGUUUUCAGAAGACGCUCCACCCUCAUCCCCAAAUGACAAUGUCCUCUUGUAGGCGUGUUUGUGCCUGCGUACAUCUUUGUGAGGGAGGGAGAGGGAACGAGAAAGUGUGAGUUUGUGUGUGUCCAAGUGUGUGUGUUAGUCUGCGUAUUUUUCAUGUGAAUGUCAGUGCAUGCGUGUGUGUGUCUGUCUGUGUGCAUGCGUGUUUGUGUGUGUGUGUGUGUCUGUGCUGCAAACGUACGUGCGUGUGCAAGUUGAAUUGUGUAUGUGGGCUGAAAUCAAACCAGCUUGCCACUCGCCUGUCUUACGAUUCUUGACCCCUGAGGAUCCUUUCAGUUGAUCUGAGUCCUCAGCAGGAAAACGCACCUAAUGCUUAGCCUGUCUUUUCGCCCUUAGUCUGCUCAAUUAACAUGUCUUUCAAAGGAAAAGUGAUAAUGGACUUUUAUCUACACACCUGUAGCCUCAACAUAGCUUCCUAACGAGGAUGUGUUUUAUUUACACCACACCAGACAUUCAUAGCAUACUGAGAUUUGACAUUCAGAGGCACAGAGAGAAAAUUUCCAAAAAAAAUGGGGCUUUUUGUGCUGUUGCAAUGUGCUUUUGUUUUCGUUUCAUUCUCCAACUUGCAUCAUUGUCAUUGUAGAUGUUGCUGCGCAUACUGUAUGGGGGUACUCUAUGUCCUUGAAAAAAGGAAACAUUGAAUGCAUAAGCUAAAACUCCACUGACAUGAAUACACAUGCAUGGGGAAGUGUUAACGACGCAGACAUUCUUCUUCGCUUUAUUUUAAUGUCUCAAACUGAUGUGGACCAUUCACCUCUAUUUCAUCAACUUGAUAUAAGUAAGACACCGAAUCUGUGUAUUUUAACGGGAGCUUAUUUUACAACAAAACUACUAUCUUUCUUUCACUCUGCCUCUUUCAUUACGUUACACUGUCUCUUAGUAGUAUAAUAAUCAUUUUUAUUAAUGACAAACUGAUAAUGGUUAUAAUGGCAAACACUUUAUGAAUAUUUUAGUUUUUUGUAUUUCCAAACCAGCUCGCUGGUUUACUUUUUGUAUGCAGUGGAGAUGUAUUGGAAAACCUGUGCUCUUCUUUGUAACACUGAAAAAUCUAGUAUAAUUUUUUUGGGGGACUACACUAAAGAGUUGAAAUAAUUUAUUAUUUCUGAUUCUCCUGCUACUGUUAUUAUUUGUACAAGAGGGCUUGUUGUAUAUUCCUUGUAUUGUUUGGGUUCUGUUUUCCUACAUACUUGACUGUUUGUAACCAGAGUAGAACCAUGAGGUUCUGCUGUCAAAAAUGGAGUGCCAAGGACAUUCUCCUACAUAUUUGAAAUAUGAAUGAAUCAACACAGGGUGAGAUUUCUCUGAUGCAACACCUCAUCCGAUAUUUGUCAUCGCUUUUUAAAUCAACCACAAUAUCCCCUCCAUUUUGUGGGUUGAAGAAUUUGGUAGGUAGAGGAUGGCAGUCAACAGACUGAGAUUGCUCUCUGAAAGACCAAGGGGGAGUACUGUAAAUCACUUUCAUGGUUCAAAAACUCACAUGGGCCUUUCCUAAGGCUCGUCAGCUCAGUAGGUAGAGGAACCAUGAUUGAAUGGGGACCAGAUAUGCUAUUCCUCCCUCUGAAAACUUGGCCGGUAUGAUAUUCAUAACCGCUCUUAGGUCUGGACAACUAUCUUGACUUAACAUUUUACCUAUUUUAAUUAUUUAACCUUCAUUUUAUACCUGUCAUUUUGUCAUCUUUGUAAAUUGAUUUUAAAACUAUGCACACGAGUCCAAGACUCUCCGAGAGAUCCACACAAACUCAUGACCUUGAUUAAGAAUAAGAAUAUGAAUAAAGAUAUGAGAUGUCUAUGAUUUAAAAAAAAAACAUUUAAUGAAUUUAUAUCAAUAGACGGCUAUUGAAAUUACUAUUUUUCAGAUUUUCCAGAAUUAUUGUGAGAUAUUUAUUUUACACACACACACACAGGCAUUGCUCCAAAGUUUUCUCAUCUUAUUAUUUUCUCCUAAAAUAGAAUAAAUCAAUCACUUUAAACUCACAUGUGGAGGUACACUGUGACGUGAUGAAUUGGAACUAUAUUUCUACACACUAUUCUAAAGUUUCCUAUUUUAGAUUGUGAAUGUCUAUUUUAACAGUGUAAAUGUCAUAUUUUGUGGAAAUAAAGCUAUUGUUGGGCAUCUGAAAAAC